CAGCAAAGCUAGGACUUGUACUCAAUGUCGCACUCGCCAAUGAGUUUGCCUGCCCUUGGGAAUGUAUCUGGGCUGGGGACUUGGAGGGCAGCUGGGGGUGUCCUUCAUGGGCGUGGGCGGCGGAGGGCCCGCGGCAAUAUCGCUUGGGGUGUGGCGGGGCUCUGGUCGAUUAUGACAAUGUCGUCGGUGCUGGAAGUGGCAACGGGGGAGCCAAUAGCCCGAGUAUUGUCAAUGGUUGCGUCAGAAACGGCGCGCGAAUUUCUGGCGAGAUUGUCAGCUGGCUGGUCUGAAGCUGGAGCGAUUUCGAUAAAGUCGGCAAUGUCGCUGACCGGUGCGCUGAUCGAGUUGUUUCGCAGCGCGCCAAAAAGACGGCGCCCGAUGUUGGACGAGCUACUUUCCCCAGCCGGGAGCUGCGGAACCGGAGGAGCCAGCUUUUCAGCCUUGCCCUUGAGCCCAAUUCCAAACAUUGCCGGCAGGCUGCGUUGGCUUUUGAUGCUCUGUCUCCGCCCACCCUUUUCAGGUUCCUUGUCGCUCGGCUUCUGCUUCGCCAUGCUCAAAUCUUCGCCUCCCCGCCUCGGGUGCAAGAUGUGUUGCCUGAUCCAAAUGCACUGGAUCCUGCACAAUGCUCGGGCUGUCGCUGACAUUGCGUUUUGCGACAAUACUGAUUUCGUCCAUAACUUUGGGUGACAACAAUUCUUCCGUGUAAGCGCUGGUUAAGGACGAAACGCUGUCUUUGCGCAUUGGAACGGGAGAAGUGCCCUCGCCGGCCAGAGGAGGCAGUGGCUUGUUCAAGAUGAUCGGGGAAAGUGGUGCAACCGACCGAGGACUCAAUUUCAACUGAGAGGCCUUUGCCUUCAGAGUGGGCAGUGCAUUGCUGGUGUUGGACAU